AAAGAGCCGCUUCCUUUACUUCCGGGAAACACAAUCCUCCAUUCACCAAGAUGGCGACAUUGGUAGUAAACCAGUCACCGGUCGGCGGUUUCUGUUUCGAAAACUGCAAGAGAAAUGCACUUUUGGAAGGUGAAGCGAACAAAGUGGGAAGCAGCUUGCCUGCUGCUCGUAAAACAGGAACUACCAUCUGUGGGAUUGUCUUCAAGGAUGGCGUCAUCCUCGGAGCUGACACCAGGGCCACUGAGGGCAUGAUCGUGGCAGACAAGAACUGCUCCAAGAUCCACUACAUCUCCCCCAACAUCUACUGUUGUGGGGCAGGAACAGCUGCAGACACAGAGAUGACCACUCAGAUCAUCUCGUCCAACCUGGAGCUGCACGCCCUUUCCACGGGCCGGCUGCCACGCGUGGCCACCGCCAACCGCAUGCUGAAGCAGAUGCUCUUCAGGUAUCAGGGCUACAUCGGAGCUGCUCUGGUCCUGGGUGGGGUGGACUGUAACGGCCCUCACCUUUACAGCAUCUACCCUCACGGCUCCACCGACAAGCUGCCCUACGUCACCAUGGGUUCUGGGUCUCUGGCCGCCAUGGCGGUGUUUGAGGACCGCUACAAGCCUGACAUGGAGGAGGAGCAGGCCAAGCGGCUGGUGCGAGACGCCAUCGCUGCGGGCAUCUUCAACGACCUGGGCUCUGGCAGCAACAUUGACCUGUGUGUCAUCACCAAAGGCAAGCUGGACUACAUCCGGCCCCACGACGAGGCCAACAAGAAGGGGGUCAGAACCGGCGACUACAAGUACAAAAGAGGAACCACCGGUGUGCUGACGAAGGCCACGCUGAACCUGCAGGUCGUGGAGGAAACCGUCCUCACCAUGGACACCUCCUAAAACACUUUGCCUGUCCCUUGAUGUAUUCCUCACAGUUCCUAACACAAAUGGCAUGUUUUUCCAUUAUUUACAAUAAAAGUGUUCGAGUUGA